UUUUCGCUGUUACCUUUUUUCUUUUUUUUUUCAAUAUCUUACUCCUCACCAACUUAUUUCGCCUUCCUCAUAUGUAAAAUCAAUUACUCCUUUCACCUUGCUCAUUCUCCCACCCUCCUAACCCCCCCCCCCACCUCUCCCUCCCACCCUCACAAUCCACCCGAUUCUUUUCAUCUUAUUUCUGUUAAAGUGCGUGAAAUGUUGUAGUACUUUGCAGCAGUCAAUUGCACAUGACAACAAGAAAAAAAAAUAUUCAAUACAACGAAGUGAUCUCCGAAAAAUAUAUCGAAUUGAUUAAGCUCUCGGGGGAAUCGCGGGAAGAGGGAGAGGAUAAAUUUUGGGUAGUUUGCAGAAUACCUUGUGGCGGCAGGACGCCGUGUGUUGGUUCUUUCAUUUAAAUAUAACGGUGUGUAUAAAUAAGUAUGAGCAAUAGCGGGAGUACGCGAGGCCUGCUGUCGUCGAUGAUUUUGCGUUCACAUUAGGAAAAAUCCUGGCUGAGUUGUAUAAUUCCACUUGAAUUUGUGCUCGUCGUUUUUUUGUAAUUUUAUGUGGCCAAUUAGGAGUGGAUUUUGUUGAGAUAGAGCGAGAGGAAAUUCAAUGUCGACGACAUUGUUUGGAAAUAGUAUGUGAACAUGUCUUGAGAUCCUACCAGGUAGUUGAUGCACGGAAAUAUCUGUUGAUGUCUUAAUUCCUGGUUAAUACUGCAAAUGACGUACUGUCUUUAGUUGAUUAUAUGGAAUAGGGUGUAAUACUUGUUUUGCUGUGUUUUAUAGAGUUUUGCUGAUGAUUGGGUUGGUCACAUGUGGGAAGACUUAACAAUUAUUUGGGAUUUUUUUCGUGGAAGAAUUUGGAGAUUUUAAACUGGAAUUUUAAAAUACUGUUUAUGGAAUAAUGGGGACAAGGUUCUCGUCACUUUCUGUCAAGGUCCAUCCGAAUUGCCGGUCUCCAAGUCUGUGCAAAUCGGAUAUACGUGAUGCAGUUGAAUUCAUCCUGGGAUUGGCUGCGUGAAAUGCUGACACGGGUAGAGGACUACUCUGUGAACAAUUCUGAGACUUCUAUAAUGAUUGGUGAUUUGGGAGAACUCACGAAAAAACUUGCACAAUUGUGCGAAAGAGGAGCAGCUGUUCCUAUGAGCACCUCUCACUCAUUACAUUGUGAUGGAAAUGAUAAUAGUCAUAAAAUUAUCACACAGAGGAUGGCAUAUGAGGUAUUUUUGGGGGGAUCUUGCAAUCCUACCACCUGGAGGUCAGAAAUAGCAAUACCGACACUCCAGAGACUUGGAAUCACGUAUUAUAAUCCGCAAGUUUCACAAUGGGGACCGGAAUUAAUAGCAGAAGAGUACGAGGCAAAACAAAAUGCUCGUGUUUUACUCUUUGUAAUAGAUAAUCAAACACGGAAUACCGCGAGUAUAAUAGAAGCAGCACAAUUGGCAGUUACGAGAACAAAUUCCCUCGUUUUAGUGGUUUAUCCUUAUCGCCAGGGGCAAGCAAUAUUAGGAGAGAGUAUUUCUGCGCAAGAAUAUUAUGAUUUAAUGAAUGGAUUGUCGGUACUUGAAUACUUCAUGGACAAACAAAGGAUACCUAUAUUUGAAAACGUUUCUGGAGCACUUAAUGGCACUUCUAAGAUUUUACGGGAAGCUAUCAACGUUCAAGACUUGCAUCAAGAAGAUGGUAUGAGGCCCAAGCCGAUUCCCAUGAUCCAAAAUGGAGUUGAUAUAAUAACACUAAAGGAAAUAUUCCGAGCCAUUGAUACAAAUGAUACAGGUUGUAUUCGUUUGGGGGAUGCUUGGAUUGCUAUGCAGUCAUACACGAAGAGCAGCAUGUCCGUUUCGGAGUUUCUCAAUGGGAGGAAUAAAUCAGAGAUAUAUGCGAGUUUGGUGAAGACGUUAACAACCAAGGAAGAUCCCAUUGAGCAACGCAUCAACUUCGACCAGUUCUGCACUCUCGCUAGUGAAUGGAGACGACCCAAAGCCAAUGGGGCAAACUGCGAAAGUGAGAUACCUUCAGUAUGGAGUAUAUUAUCUAGGAAGGCGACGAAGUUCCUUUGUAGAGCUUUCGCACAUCCUCUUAAUCGACUCUUAGAUUGGACACAUUCUCUGAUUCCUGAAUCAGACAAAAGAGACUUAUACAUUGGAUUGGUCGGUAAAGAUCUGCUAUGGCUGGAAUCAUCGGCUGUGCCGUUAAUAGAGUCAAUGGACCUGACAUUGCACCGUCCAAGUAUGAACGAAUACACAGUGAGGCAAUUACCUCAGGAAUUACAGCAUAUGAGAAAUUCCCGUGUUAUUCUAUUGAUAAUGCCUCAACACUCACGGGGCAUCGCCAUUGCGGCAUUGGCAGCUUAUUCCAUUGGACUGCAUGCUAAAUUAGUUCUAUGUAUACAACUGAUGCCGGAACGUUGCAUAGUCUCCGGUGAACAGUUGACUGAGCAAGCCGUGAAGGACUACAAUCGGGGUAGAAUGUACCUGUCAGACUAUGCGACGCGCGAAGGUGUACCUGUAUUUCAAAAUAUCGCUGAUGCACUGCAGCACACGAUACAGCUAGUUCAAAGUCCCUGCUAAUGUGGACGAAAAUCUCAUUUCAUUUACUUUCAUCAUUUUUUAAAAAGGAAUUUUAUUUUUUUACUGGUCAGAUUCAUUUUGACAACUAAUUUAUUAUUGCUCGGACAUAUUCAUUUAUGAACUGCCCUUGUUUACUGCACUAUUGGGAUAGUCCUGUCGUGAUGAGACGAGUAGCAUCACGUUUUAUGAAGUUUUAUUCAUUUUUAGUGUUUAUAUUUUUUAAGUUUAUCUUUCCAGUAAUUUUUAGAUUUUACUGUAUUUUACGGAUAAUUUAAUAUUGUUGCAAUUUGCCACCAUCACAUGAAAUUUUUAAAUUAAUCUUGUCAGAUCUGGGAUAAUAUGUAAAGACUAGCAUUUUCAAUUAUUUAAUCAGUUGGUUGGUUGGAUGAAUGGAACAAUUGAAAGCGUUGAUUCACAAAAUGGUUGGAGUGUUAAAAAAGGAUUUCUUUUUUAUUUCUUCCAGGAAAAUCUCUCUGGUUUUUUAUGGAAAGACUGGAAUAGGAAAAUUUUAUGUUAAUCUUUCCUACCGUCCUUUUAUAAAACUAUUUUCAGGUUACAGAGUUUCAGUGUUUUUCAAUGAAGUCUUUAUUUUUUUCCAUUGUAUUGAAAAUUGGAAAGAUCAGGAUUGUAGGGGGGAGAAAGAGAGAGAUUUCUCAGGGUAUAGCGGUUCUCUAAAUUCUAAGUAACUUACCAUCUCGUUCUUUUGUAAUGACCUUUUUUAUAACUAGUUGAGGAUAAAUUGGAUACGAGUGUACAUAUUUUUUAGUCGUUUCUUAACACACUAAUGUUAAUUCAUUAAUUGAAAUGAUCCAAGGGUGUAUGAGAAUAAGCACGUGAAACGUUGACCAGUGCGAAUGAAUUUCUUGUCUCUUAUUUACAAAAUGAAUAAUAUUUAUGAUUUUUUCUAUUAUUUUCCCAUCAAACAUUCAGGUGGAAAAUAUGUGCUCUCAAUAAACAGAUGAUGGAUUGAAAAAAAAAA